UAAUGGAAACCGAAAGUAAAACAAUCUGGGUUUUUUAAAAGAGUUAUGAAACUAUUCGACGUUGAAAAUUUAUUCUCUAUCAGACGUGCCUACCUGUGGUUUAUUUCUGAAAGUAUUGAUGACGAGAAACCUGUAAAACCGUAUUUUGAUGAGCUUCCCUUUCUUGAGAAAAUUAUAAUUUUUAAAUUAUUUCUCAUACAAAACUAUUAACUGAAGGAGAUGUUGAAUCCUUGAUUAUUUAUAGAUCUUGGAUAUUACACUUUGUCAUCUGCAUAAUAAGACUAAUGGGACUUCAGAAUAUCGUAACUUAAACAAUGAUGUCUGUGCUCUGUGCCAUUAUGUUUGCCAGUGGGGCAUUCUUUGUAACAUCAUCAAUGUGUCCUGAGUCAAUACCCACCGUCUCCAUUGUGUCUCGUUGUCCUUCCAACGCUAUGGAGUGGAAAUCGGCAGCGGAGAGGAAAAAGUGUGAUUUCCUCGGAAAGAUUCAGAAUUGUACACAGGCUGAGAACUUCGUGUACCAUUGUGUUCUUAAUAAAGAGACAACAGAGUUGUUGGAACUUUGUGCACCUGUAUGGUUUAUGGCAGGAUAUUGUGCCCGUUUUAGUGAAGUAAACAAAAGAAUCAUUAAUGACCCUGGUUUGGACUGUACAAAGUUUGAUCCUCCCUGUCCAUCAAGGUUCCCAUCCAAUGAGUCUUACAAGUACCAGACAUGUUACAGAAGCAUAAUUGAGAAAACAUUUGUUUUCCAACAAAGAAUGUACAUGAGUGCAGAUUUCAAUACCUCUGUCCCAUCUGCAUUUGCUGUUAGUUUUGGAAUAAUAUUGGUCUUGCUGAUCUUGCUAUUUGUCGUCGGAUUCAAGUUGGAAUGGAUAAAGUUUACAAUACCGUGUUUGAAAAAGGACGACAUUGAAAAACAAAUUGAAGACCAGAAUGAAACAGUAGAAAUACCGUUGUUGGAAGCAAACAAAGAGAAGAAUGAAGGAGGUGAAAUAACGGCGAAAGCGAAAAACAUGUGUCCCCAAAAAGUAGAGGAUAGCAGACAAUUUGGAAUUCGUAGUUUGUCCGGGGAUGUUGACGAGAAUGGUUAUCUUAGGGACGUCAAAACUAUCGGCGAUUUACGAGACUUACUCUCUGCAAAGAUUAAAAAACCAAGAGAUAUACUACUUAUCGUCGAUAGAGAAAAGGGGAUAAUUUUCAACGAUGACACUGAAAUUGAAACCCUUAACGCGACACCCAAUGAAAUGAUGAUAGGAAACGAAAACAGGAUGACGGCGACAGGAGAGGAUGACGAAACUCCGGUUGAUGACGUUAUAUCCAACAAACGUUUAACUGUCGGAAAAUGUAAAAUGUGGUGUGGACAUUGGACAGCUCCGAAUUCACUUUUUGAUUGGACAAAAGAGAAAUUGCCUGGUGCCUUAACUGAAGGUCUCCCAUGCCCAAAGUGUAGUCAGAUUUGGAAUAUAGACGACCUGAUAGAAAAAUGCAAAAUGUCUCCAGAUGAACGACUUUUCUUUAAAUCAGUUGAAACUAUUAUUAAACGUAAUGUUGAACUUGCAAAGUAGAAAAUAUUGUACAUUCUUGUUUAGCAAUUUUGAUAUCAUAGCGUUACAUGUAUAUUGUAUAAACAUUGUUUGCCUAUGCUUUUUAAAAAAAAAGAUAAAACAUGUACAUAUAUGGAUAUGGGGGUUUUGUGUGUAAUAAAACAAAAUUAGUGAUUUCGUAUUUAGUAUGAGCUAUAUGGGGGUAUACAUAAUUUGAUGUAUAUAUGUAUAAAAAUGUUGAUUUAUAUGCAUUCUAACUUGAAAAUAUUUUGCAAGAAUUUAACGACCAGAUAUUAAAUAAUUUUUAUUUGAAAUGCUACAUUUAAAUAUAUACACGAAAAACAUUUUGAGGAUGCAGAAUAUGUCCCCUACCGAAUGCAAACUAGCCUUUCUUCGUUAAAAAAACUCAUCUAAAUUAUAAUGACCUAGUUAGUUCAACUUAUUUAUCCUACUCAAAAUAAUAAUAUAUGCCCCUCCAUGCAUGUAAAACUUUUUCAAGUUUUUGAUUUAUCUUUAUAUUUUAUUUAUAGUGUACUACACUUUCGCUUUUUUAUUUGACAUUUUAAAAUCUUUUUAUCGUCAUAAAUUACCAGAAAUAUAUGUAUUUCAAAUCAAUUAGGACGUCAAAAUGAAUAUAACAUCUUAAAGGCACUCUAAAAUUAUUGACUAGAUCUUGACCUUAAGGGGGAUGUCUACACCAAAUAUGUGUAGGAGAUUUUUGUUGCAUGCAUUUGUUACAACUAAUAGGCACAGUAUUCAACAAUAAUAGACCUCAAAGUAUAAUACUCUAUUUUUUAGAGAAUUUUUAAAAUAUCAGUCUGCUUCCAGAUAACUCUUUAUAUGUCAAAGUUUUAAACAUUUCUGUUAUAAAACUCUUAUGAAAGUGAAAUGUUAUAAAGUUUGAAAAUGAAAAACAAAAUAAUAAUGAAUGAAGUUUGUAUAAUUUUUAUUGGAAUCCACAUAAAUAUGAAACUAAAAUAUUUAAAAAUUCUUUUAAGGCAAACUGCUGGAUGAAAUCCCACAAAAAUCUGAAAAUAGAAACAAUAUUUGUUGGUUAAUAAGAUGAAAAAAAGAAAUUGAAUAAAACUGAAAAUUUAAAAGAAAUACUGAACUAUUGCAAAAAUCUUGGUUUGAAAGAUCCUGUUUAAGAGUUGUCUUUCUUGAUUUAACUUGGUAUCAAAUAUCUUGGGACCAAUUUUUGAAUUAAAAAAAAAUCACGAAGACAAAUUUUAAAAAGGUACAAGUAUAUGCUAAAAUGUAGGAAUAAGGUUAGGGGUGCUUAUGAUAAUGUUUGAAUCUGAAAAAAAUCAUAUUUUUGAUGAAUUCAUUAUAUUUAUAUUUUCCUCUUUAAAACAAAAUGUUAGUAGUAACGUUGCCUUUUACUUUUUUUUUAUAUACAAUACAAAUUAUAAACAGCCAUAUGC